GCGUAGACAAGCCAGAGAAGCGGUUUGUUCCGUAAAUUCCGUCAACGUACCAUUGGCAUUUGAUAGUGGUCUUACCUUUUUGGAACCCACGCCUGCACACUCACUGCACCACUCUUCCCUUGUCCUUUUCCCUUCUCUCUUUUUUUCCCAACACAAAACCUACAUUACAGCCUCUCCACGGUGUCUGUCUCUCUCACUCAAAAAAUGGUGAACGACUUCAUUGUCUGCAUUGACCGGAUCAUAGCCUCCACGACCUGUUUUGGAUCAGUGAAUGAAAAACACUGUGAUGGUGUUGACCCAGUUAUAAUCCCCGUCUCUGACAAUGGUGGAAAAGUGUGCUCCUCUUCUUCUUCUUCUUCAUCUUCAAACAAGGAUGAUGAUGUUGUUGUUGUUGUUGAGUGCAGAAUAUGCCAGGAAGAAGACCAAGCACAAGCCAUGGAGGCACCUUGUUCUUGCAAUGGCACUCUCAAGUUUGCUCAUAGAAAGUGUAUCCAAAGAUGGUGCAAUAAGAAAGGAAAUACAAUAUGUGAAAUCUGUAAUCAGGCAUUUUCACCAAAUUAUUCUCUUCCACCGGUCAGAAGCAAUGCAAUUAUGACGAAUGAUAUUAGGCAAGAAUGGGGGCACAAUGCUGAUCUCCGUGUGGCUCUAGCUUCAGCAGAGCAGCAGUUGCUGCAAACUGAAUAUGAAGAUUAUGCCAUGUCACAAACCAGUAGCAUUGCUUUCCUUCGCUCUGUGACUCUCAUUAUGCUGAUGAUUUUGCUUGUACGUGAAGCUUUAAUGGUCACAAAGAACUCUGUAACUGGGCAAGAUGCAUCGAUAAUCUUUAAUUUUGAGGUGUCACUCCUUCAAUUUGCUGGUGUUCUUUUGCCAUGCUUUGCAAUGGCACGUUCCUGGUAUGCCAUACAGAACCGUAGGAGAAGACAGGGCUGAGUGAUGCAGAACAUAGAUGUUAUCUUGGCUGGCUGUCACGAAAAUCGAGCAGUUACAUAUAGAUGCUACAUGCUUUUGUUUGUCAAAUGUAUUGAAGUUGUGUGUAUGCAUAGACCAUGCCAUGGUAAAAUAUCACAAAAUGAAGCGAUCUUUCUACGCAAUUUUCUGCUCCUAUUUCUUCCUGUGGAAAAGGAAAGGAAUAAAGUAGCAGCAUGUCUCUAGUGUCGUGCACUACACACAAACGUGAACAUUAGCGUUUAGAUAGGGGUGGAAGUCAGAAAUUUUUAUGAGGGGCAAAAAGCUGUUAGUUUCUAUAUGUUUUACAGCGAUAGGAAUGGUAUCAAAAUUUCAGGCCUUUAAAUUUUCGCUCAUCAAACACGAUGCACCAAUUUACUAUUUCUCAUCAUCAUCAUUGGCAUAAUCAUGAAUAAAGUUCUGCAAUAGCAGAUAUAUCAUCUGAGCUAAAGGAUUUGUCGUAGUAGGAAUAUUUAGAAUUUAUAGUUUUGCUUAGUGUAAGAAGCUUUAUGUAUAUUGAAAUUACUAUUUUCUUUCCAUUGAUAAUUUGUAAACAUUAUAAAAAUCUCUAAUGUUACUGCUCUACUCUUUUGAUGA